AUUUCUGUAUGUUCUCACCCCAUACAUGUUUCAGAUUCUUGCGCCGCAAACAAGAUUUAGACACGGGAGAAAUCGUUUUGACAGAAGCCAGCAUAUCAACACUGGCUGGUCGACUUGACGCUUACAUCACUGAAAACAAAAUAUGCAAGUUCGAGUCGGACAUCUUGUCUUGGGACCCCGAGACAAGACAGGCAGUGUUGUUUCGACUCCGCUUUGUGACACUGUUGCUGGAAGAGUGUUCGGUCAACUUGGAGCAGACGGGUGUUUUUAGUACAGCCGGUGAUGAAACAAUAUUACAAGUAACGCCAUUGUGGUAUGCAGCCGCGUCCUGUAACCUAGAUAUUGUUCGUCUAUUGACAUCACAAGGCGCCAAUGUCAACGCAACAGCAUCAUCAGGCUGUAGUGUAGUGAGAGCUGCUUGUUGUUCCUCCAGCUUUCCUGUGGUUGCAUUUUUGAUAGCUCACGGUGCAAAUAUUUUUACCAAAGACACCCAUGGCGGUAAUUGCCUUAUGAGUGCCAUCGCUAGCCUGGAGACGAUGAAACUGUUAAUUCACCGUGGAUUAGAAUUAAAUGAUGUUGACAUCCAUGGAAACACAGCCCUGCACUAUGCCGCAGAAGCUGGUAAGCUGGAUACAGUUCGGUUGUUGGUGGAGAUGGGAGCUAACCCAAAAACGGUUAACAAGGAUCGUUGUCGUCCAGUCCACACUGCGGCAAAAUACGGUAAGAGAGACGUGGUCGAUUACUUUAUUAAAAUAGCGACACCCAGUCUAGAAGAGUUGGUGGAUAUAUUUUUGGUGCUGGGGUCUGUAUGCAUCAUCAUGGACAACGACUACUUCAACUGGUACCUUUAUUGGCACAAGGCUUUUGAGUUAAGGCGCCUAAGUAAUCAAGCACCAAGGAUACAGUUUCGUACCUCGGUUUUAACUGAUUUUUUGGAGAUGCAAGACAUAAGCGGGAACGAAUUUUCUAGAAAUUUUUACCACCACGAAGCGCUCUGUAUGCAAGCAUUGUUAGUUUAUGAGAGAAUCCGAGGACCUGCAGACGACAAUUUCAUCAACUUAAUGAUCUACAGUGGCGGGAUCAGUGCGGAUAACAAGAACUUUCUGCAAGCUGUCAACUUGUGGAAAACCGCCUACAAAAUUCAAUUGGAAAAACGCACGAACGCCUGUUUUGAACACAACUGUUCGGAAAUGCUUAGCAAUACAAUUAUAAACUGUUUACGACUUUUGCUGAAGAUUUUUCACAGCAUUAAUGAGGAAACAAACAGUUCUAGUGAAAACAGUCAGUGCUGCCAACAACCACAAUAUAUUUCAGAAAACGUAAUCAGAGACCUGUUUCCGGUAACAUGUCAACACAUUUCCCAGACUAACGACAUUUUAAGAAAAAAUGAAAAUGAAAGUAGACAAUUUCGCCUUUCUUUUGGCGUUCUGGUGAAAACAAUCCUGGCACUGUUCUAUGGAUAUUUGAAUAUAUUUCCUGCCGCAGCUCGCAAUUCAGAAAUAGGCACACAUCUUCAGAAGUUAAUUAGGUUAAAUCUCAGAGGUUUGCUUCAACCCUACGACACCAGCUGCAAGAAAUCAACCCCAAAGAAGUGCAACAAGUACACGAUGUGUGAGAUUCUUCUGUUGCUUGGUGCUGACCCAUUAGCCACAGACUGUGAAGGGAAUACUGUUUUGCACCGUGCAGUUCACAGUUACAAGCAAGGUCUUAUUCUGGACUUUGAUUUCUUCAGGAUGUUGCUCAGGCUUGGAGUUCACGCCGACCAGGUAAAUAACCGAUUAGAGAAGGCGUUAGACUUGCUACAACCAGGAGAUGAUCUCAGACACGUUAUUCAGGAAACUGAACUGAAAUGCCUGGCGGCCCGAAAAAUUAUUACAUAUAACAUCUCUUACAUGGGAGAGGUACCAAAAAGCCUCUAUUCGUUUAUAGAACUUCAUGCCUGCAAAUGUCGAAUUGGUGUCAAUAAGAGAGGUAAUUAG